AUGGAUUUCUUCAACCCGGGCAACGAUGAUGCUGACCAGAAUAAUGGCAUGAAUACAGGCAAUGACGAUUACAUGAAUUUUUUUGAAACGAAGUCCAACCACGAUAAUGAUUCAACAAGUUUAUCGCCACAGGCAAUCCUGGCCAGAAACUUAACUUCGGAAAUAUCUAAAGUUCCCAGCAAUAAUGUAGGCAAUAUGAGCCAUAUGUCAAUGUCACCACAGCAAGUCUUUUCACCCAUGAGCAACCCAAAUAAUGUCAAUAACAGUCCAGCAGUUAGUGCUGCCACUCCUCAGCAAAUUUUGAUGCUGAAUAAUAACAAUAAUAUUACUAAUAGUGGUGAUACUGCUAAUCCUGUGCAUGUUCUCUCCAAUCAUGCUUCGCCAGCAGUAAUCAAUGCAAACCCUAUAAAUGGUACACCACAAAAUUCUGAAGUCUCAAAUGAUAACACUCCAAGGAAUAGUGUCUUUAGCGAUAGAGCUGCAAUGUUCGCGGCGCUACAACAAAAACAGCAACAACAAGCUCAGCAGCAGGCUCAGAGACAACAACAGCAACAGGCCCAGCAACAGGCCCAGCAACAGGCCCAGCAACAGGCCCAACAACAGGCUCAGCAACAGGCCCAACAACAGGCUCAGCAACAGGCUCAGCAACAGGCUCAGCAACAGGCUCAGCAACAGUCACAAUUUCAGCAACAAACACAAUUCCAGCGACAAGUACAGCAACAACAGCAACAACAGCAACAACAACGGCAGCAGCAGCAUUUGCAUCAACAACAACUUAGACAAAGGCAGCAAGCUCAACAACAGGCUCAACAACAGGCUCAACAACAGGCGCUACAGCAGCAGCGAGUGCAACAGCACGCGCAUCAGUUAGCACAGCAACGAGCACAGGAACAAGCACAGGAACAAGCACAGCUACAGGCGCAGCAGCAAGCCCAACAGCAAGCCCACACUCAACAACAGCUUCCUCCACAGAUACAACGACAGUUUCAACAGCAAGCACAGUUUCAACAGCAAGCACAGCAAGCACAGCAUGCACAGCAGCAGAAGGUACAACAGACUCAACAGCAGCAGCAGCAACCAAAUAAUAAUUCUCCAUUAGGUCAAUGGGGCUCCAUUUUGCACAGUCUGCACCCUGAUAUACAGAAAAAGAUUUCAUUUGAACUCAACAAUAAACAAUAUGAACUGUUCAUGAAGUCCUUAAUAGAAAACUGCAAAAGAACUAACACUCCAUUCCAGUCCAUACCUCAAAUAAAUGGUAGAAAACUAUUUCUCCUCUACAUGUUGGUACAAAGAUUGGGUGGAUAUGAACAGAUAACUAGAAAUCAACAGUGGGAUCUUUUGGCGCAAAAGUUACAAAUUCCGGACUCGCAACAAUUGGCAGCAGUGUAUUAUAAAAUAAUAUUACCAUAUGAACGAUACCUGACGUCUGCCGAAGGACAGAGAGAGUCACAGGCCAAAAAAAUUUUCUUUCAACAGUUUUUCCAAGAGCUCCUAAAGAAAAUUCAACCUCAUGUGAACAAUCAGGACCCGCAAUCACAGGCACAAAUCCAGUCGCAAUUGCAACCACAAACAGAGGCACAAUCACAAGGACAACCACAGCCUCAAACACAACUGCAAACACAACAACUGUCCCAUGUUCAACAACAACUUCCGCGGUCUCAGCUUCAAAUGCCAACAUCUGAUUCAGCAGGUGUGAAUCCCAUGAUUCAAACAGCCAAGCAACAAUUAAAAAAUAAUGUCAAUGUACAGAAACCAAAGAAACCACGAAAGCCAAGGCAAAAGAAGAAGACAAAGAAAGAACUGGAACAAGAGCGGAAAAAACAAGAAGAGCUUUUCAAGAGACAGCAGCAAACUCUUUUAGAGCAACGCAAACAACAGAAACUACUGAUGGAACAACAAAUCCAAAAGCAGAAAGAACUAGUCAAGCAGAAAUAUUUAGAAGAACUAGCAAAGUUGCCAAAAGUAUACAAAAGAACGUUCGCUCGAAAUUAUAAACCUUUGAAAAGAUCCAUUCAACUGGUUAACGGGUAUGAUAUCAAUUACAUUUCUCAAAUAGGAGAAAAAAUUGAUGCAAAUAAGCCAAUAUUUUUAUUUCCUCCAGAAUUAGGUUCCAUUAACUUACAUGCUCUAAAUAUGUCGUUGCAAUCUAAAAUGCUGGGAGAGAUCAACACAGCCUUGAAUACACUAUUGGUCACAAGUGCAGAUUCGAUGUUGAAGAUUAAUCUGGACAAAUAUCCCGACUUACUGGAUUCUAUUUGUGUCCUAGCACUAGAUUUAUUAUCUACUCUUUGUGAGAAGGAGGAAGCUGACGAUAGUGAAAAGAAGAAAUUUUACGAUUUUAGGAAAUGUAAAGAUGCAAAUUACUGCGAGGAGUAUGAUGUCGAAUCCUAUCUUUCCUGCUCUGAUGCACUUUGUUCUCGAAGUGAUGGUCUAAUCGAUCAAGUAUUUGAGGCUUACGUAAAUAAUGGAUCAGAAUACAAAGAACACAAUGAUACUGUGAGCGUCCCAGUAGAUUCCUUGACAGGUGCCGAUUUGCAGCAGGUUCCUAUCUCUUUGAUAACUCCGGCAGCAACGCCGGUCAGCACAAAUUUUGGAGUUGACUUAUUACAGGGAAAGUCAGAGGAGGAAAAAGUGGUAAGAAGUGGAUGUAAACCAAAAGAGUGGAAUUUUAUGCCCAAUCCGGUUAGACUCUUGCCAGGCCAGUCAUUAUCGAAGCUUUACAUUCCAUCAUAUUUAGAGUCCUUACGCAACGUAACCGAAGAGAUCAACACACCAUUCACAAAAGUCAAUACCAGAGGUGCCGAAGAUAAAAACAUUUUAUUAACCGAUCAACUAUCAACUGUCUCAAUGAUUUUAAGGAACAUAUCCUUUUCAGAGAAGAAUUCAAAAAUGAUGGCUAAAAACAGUUUCCUGAGGAGAUAUAUAUCUGACUUAAUAUGGGCUUUAUUUUUAAAUCAUGAGAAGUUUGUACUCAACAGGAAAGCCUUCAAUCUCAAAAAGGACUUGCUCAUAAUUUUAACUAACAUUUCGCACGCCUAUGAAGUUGCCGAUAGGGUUGAUUGCUUCUUACUUUUACUUUUGAUGCUAAGCUUUGGAGAGCCGAAGAGAUCCAAGGAACUUGAGUCGGUAGAACUUACAUAUCCCGAAUUUUUGUUGAGUCUAGGAAGUUACCAUGGGUUUUGCGUUGAUGUAUUAGCAAAACUGAUGUCCUUAAAUUAUCCUAAUAGACAAUUUUUCAUUGACGUAUUCAUGUUUUCCCUGGUAGGUGAAGAAAAGAGUACUUCCAUUGGGUCUGAAUGCUCCACCAAUGAUAUGAACGAUGACAGUGGUGUAAUUCUAAAAUUGCUGCAUAUUUUUAAUAAGGGGGACAAAUUCAAAUUUCUGAAUGAUGUUUUCUCUUUCUUAGUUUCUGUGAUUCCUUUUAUGCAGAUAAAUGCCGCACCUAACCUAAUAGAAGAGGUAGCACCUGUUGUAUCUCAAAGUCUGACAUGCAUUUUGGCAAUAUUACAUUUUUUUGAUCUUAAAGAGUCCCUUAGAUCUAAUAAUGACAUCAAGAAUUUACCGCUAAUUUGGCUGACAUCAAGUGAAAAUCUGGGCUACAAUCUGCGACGUCUGAGUGAUGUUUUAGGUAAUCUUACCAUACAAGCAGAUAAAAACUCACUCCAUAUGAAAAAAAUGCUUAUUUCCAUCAGCUGUAAGUGUAUCGAAGUUACGAGGCUUUUAGUUCAGAAAAGCUUGGAGAUAUCGUCACAUUUGGGACAAGAGAAGCGGAAAAUCUGUGAAAGACUUGCUUCUAUUCACGGUUUAUUACCUUCGGAAUCUUGGUGUGUUGCUCUAUUAUCAAAUCCAGUGAUCGAUCCCUCUUAUUCUAAACAAAUUGAGUCUCUCUAUACCAUGAGAAAUGAGAUAUUGUCUUACCUUCGUGAGUGCUCGACUGGUGAAGGCGAAAUCUCCUAA